UUUAGUGUCUGCAGUAAAAACACACAGUUAAUGAGUGUCUGAGCUCCAGCUCCAGCCCAUGGAGCUGGUACGGAGUCCGUCUCACUCCGUCCGUGUGAGCACUGAGUUGUGGGCCGGGUCAUGUUGUGUCUCCGGGGGCGUGUCUCCUCCUUCAGUCACCUCGCAGCAGCUGCAGCUGGACUCCGCUCUUCUUCUUCCUCCUCCUCCUCCUCCACCUCCUCUCUUCCAGCAUCAUCAUCGUCAGCCUCGUCGUCCUGGAGGCAGCCAGCGUCUCCGCCUCUCUCCUCCAGCCUGAAACACGUGCGUCUGCUCGCUCACUCAGCGGCUAACAACAUGGCAGAGGAGGCGAAGAAGUUGGCCGCGCACGCCGCUGUCGACAACCACGUCCAGAACAACCAGGUGGUUGGAGUGGGCAGUGGGUCGACCAUCGUCUACGCCGUGGACAGAUUAGCGGAGAGAGUACGUCAGGAGAAACUCAACAUUGUGUGUGUGCCCACCUCCUUUCAGGCUCGUCAACUGAUCCUGCAGCACAGCCUCACGCUGUCCGAUCUGGACAGACACCCAGAGCUGGACGUCGCGAUCGACGGAGCAGACGAAGUGGACGCGGACCUGACGCUGAUCAAAGGUGGCGGCGGCUGCUUGACGCAGGAGAAGAUCGUAGCGGGCUGCGCCAAACAUUUCGUCGUCAUCGCAGACUUCAGGAAGGACUCUAAGAGUUUGGGUGAGCAGUGGAAGAAGGGAGUUCCUAUUGAAGUGAUCCCGAUGGCGUACGUUCCCGUUUCCAGGGCGAUUGUGAAAUGCUUUGGCGGAGAGGUCAACCUGCGCAUGGCUGUCAGUAAAGCAGGUCCUGUCGUCACGGAUAACAGCAACUUCCUCCUGGACUGGAAGUUUGAGCGCGCUCACAACUGGAAGGAAGUCAACACUGCGAUCAAGAUGAUCCCAGGUGUCGUGGACACGGGGCUUUUCGUCGGCAUGGCUGAGCGCGCUUACUUUGGGAUGGAGGACGGGAGCGUGCAGGUCCGGGAUCCUCCGGUCAACUGACUGCUCUCACCGCCGUCCUUCUUCUCCACUGACCUCACUUUGCCCACAAGUGCCGCGUCUUCUCGUCUCGGUCUGAACUGGACGAGACCGUCGCAGGGAAGUUUUUUUGCCUCUCAUCUCCAAACCAGCCACCAAUGCACCCUCACUUGAUUUCCCUCAUCUUGCAGUCGGUACGUCUGGCUCUGCAAGGUUUUUUAAAGUGCCCGAUGAGUGAAAUCAAGUCUCUGUUACACUGUUUUUGUUUAGUUUUGUUAUUGUUGAUUCUUCCUGUCAUGAGCAUGUUUGCCUAAAAGCCUGCAGUGCUGUGGUUCUCUGAAUCACAG